AUGAAUACCGCCCCGGGCCAGAUGGCCCAGCAAGGCCAGCCCCAGCCUCAGGGCGUACAGGCUCCUGCUGCUCAGAACCGGCCUCCCAUGUACCAGCCAGGCCAGAUCAAGAACCUCCCAUAUCUAAGCGAUGACGAGAAGACCAAGUACGAGCAAGGAUUGCGGGGCCUCUGGACCAAGAUGAAUGGAUCCCCAAGCAACAGCCCGGACCAAAUUGCUGCUCGACUGAAGAUUAUAGAGUUCUCCAAGAUGUUGAUUACCAAGAUUCAACAGCGGAGAACUCAUGCUGCUCAGCAACAACAGCAGCAGCAGCAGCAACAACAACCUCAAGCCCGUCCACCAGGAGCACAAGCGCAAGGACAGGCGCAACCGGCCCCGAAUGCCGCUCUGCAAGCCCAAGCCCAGGCCCAGCAACAGGCUCAACAGCAGGCUCAAGCACAAGCACAAGCCCAGGCUCAAGCUCAAGCUCAGGCACAAGCUCAGGCACAGGCUCAACAGCAGGCUCAACAGGCUCAGUCACAAGCACAGCAACAAAAGCCACCAGGUGCAGGAAACAAUGAAGCUACGGCUACUGGCGCAGUUGGUCAGGCACAGAAUGCCCAAGCACCAGCGACGGCAACGGCCGCUGCCGCUGCUGCUGCGGCGCAACGUCCCAAGAUACCCGAAGCCUACGUGCAGCAUGUUAAUAAGAUGACAUUUCGGCCCCCAGUGCAGCUUGCAGACAAGUCUGUCGAGGCCGCCAAGUGGAUCGAAGAAAUGAAAGAACGAUAUGCCCGAGCUCUCAUGACUAUGGAAACUACUAAGAAUAAGGUUGCUAGCUGGGAGAAGUUGAUAACCGACCGGGCAGCUCAAGGAAACCCUCUCAAGGAGGAGGAGCAGCGGCAAAUCCAGCUGAGAAAAGACCAACAACUCAAACUAUACGCUGAAGCCCACAAGUGGGUGGAAGGCGUUCGAAAGCAGCAGGGAACUCUUCAACAAGCACAGGCUCAUGCCAACCAAGCAACUGCUGGCGUCACCGGCGCCGCUCAUGCUGCAACUCAGCCAGGCAACGCUACUCCAGUCAUGCCGGCUGCCUCUCCAGCCGUAGCAGCUGUCAGCAAGCCCCAGAACGCCGCGCAAAUGGCCAGCAAUGCUGCCGCAGAGGCCGCCAAAAACCAGCAACAGAUGGCUGGUGCCAAUCGAGUCCCAGGUCCAAAUGGCGUUGCGUCUACGCCUACACAGCAGCCGCAAGCACGGCCCGUUCCGAACGCGGCCGUCACAGGGCAGCAGCAUAUGCAAGGCCAACAGCAGAUGCAACCGCAGAUGCAACAACAGAUGCAGGCACCACAGCAACCGCAACCACCGCAGCAGCAGAUGCAGAUGCAGAUGCAGCAACAGCAACAGCAACAGCAGCAACAACAACAGCAGCAACAACAACAGCAGCAGCAGCAGCAGCAACAGCAACAACAGGCACAGCUGCAUCAACAGGCACAGCUGCAACAACAGGUGCAACCUCAAGGGCAGCCCCAAGGACAACCUCAGCCACAGGUGCAAAUCAAGACGGAACCACCGCGGCCCGCACCAGUCAACACCGCUCUCGCUUCGGCUGCUGCACAGGCCCAGGUUGCUCAACAGACUGCAUCUCCUGCUCAAGCAGCAGCGCGGGUACCAACCCCACAAACUGCAACACCCGUCGCUGGCCCAGGACAGCCAACACGAGCUCUCAGCCACUCAGCAGCAAUGUCUCUCGCUAACCAGAGAGCGGCUGGAAGCACUCCUGGAAGCGCACCCCUGCCCAACCAGUCUGCAAACGUCAACACGGCUGCCGUUACGGCCACCACCACCAACCCAAAUAUGGGAGCUCAACUGCAGCAGGGCCAUCCCCACGCCCACCCUACGCAGCAGCAGCCUACCGUCCAGCCGAGAAUGCCGAUCCCCAAGCAGCUACCAGAAAAGGCUACUGCAGUGCCUCAGGGAGUGGCCGUUGGCGGCGGCGUCGUUCCCGGACGGCCAACCAUGUCCCAAGGCGGAGGAACGGUGGGAGGUGUCAUGAAUCAGCCAGCAGUUCCUAGGGUACCCGCAUACAACCACGACGCUGAGGGUGACCACGUGCUCAGCAAGAAGAAACUGGAUGAGCUUGUACGCCAAGUUUGCGGAGGAUUUGCAGAGGGCCAAGAUGGCAACCUCUUGACUCCAGAAGUAGAGGAGAGCGUUCUAAACCUCGCCGAUUCGUUUGUUGACAAUGUCCUGCACGCGGCAUGCAGAAACUCCAAGGAACGAGGCUCCAAGGUGCUCGAGAUACGUGACAUCCAGCUUGUACUAGAGCGAACUUACAACAUCCGCGUUCCGGGCUACUCUUCGGAUGAGCUACGUACGGUACGCAAGGUUCAGCCUUCUACGGGCUGGAUCGCAAAGAUGAGUGCUGUGCAAGCUGCCAAGGUGAUGCCCGGAAAGGGCGAGUAA